CCGCGACCUGAAUCGUGCAUCGUGAACUUCAUGCCAUGCAUCGUAUUCCAAUUCUUGCGGAGCCUCAUAUCCUAUCUUGAGAGUUCAUCUGAUUAGAUAGAUAGGUAUCUGGACAAGGAAAAGAGGAAGCGGAGGUAGUACAAUCGGAACGGACCACGACCCCACUUUACCCCACCACCAUCAUCAGGAUUUCGAGCUCGCAGCUCGCAACAUCAUUCCACGACCAUCUCAAACAUCACCUCCGCGUCGAGUUCAUAAAAGAGAUCAUUCAAAAAUGCCAACCCACCUCUCACCCCCAGGAACCGUCCCACCAUCCCCAACCACCGCCGCCGCCAACCAAGAAAAAGAAUUCAACAUCGCCCUCCUCGGUGCGGGAGGCGUAGGUACAAUCGCCGCCCUGGUUCUAGAGAAGAGUGGCCGCGCGAGAGUCACUGCUAUCCUUCGCAGCAGCUAUGCGGUUGUGAGCGAGAAAGGGUGGGCGAUUGAGAGUGUAGAUCACGGGGUCUUGGGGAGUUGGAGAUGUGAGCGAGUCGUCCAAACAAUAGAAGAAGCCGUAUUCCCCGAACCGCAACCGAGUCCGCCCAUCCCGACUGGAGCCCCGACCCCGAUGGAAGCGGCCAGGGAACGAUACGAUUAUAUCGUUCUCUGCACCAAACAACUUCCCGAGAAAUAUAACCUAGCUGAGAUGAUAGCACCGCUCGUGACCCCUGGUCUAACAGCCAUCGUGCUGAUCCAAAAUGGGCUGAAUAUCCAAGAUCCGUUCAUCAAGGCGUUCCCGUCUAACGUCACCAUGUCCGCCGUCUCGAUGAUCGGAUCGUUCGCCGAGCCGCCGAAUGUGGUUAAGCAUAUUGGCCCGGAUAUCCUGCAGAUCGGGCCGCAUUACCACGCUGGGGUCCCGGAUGUAGUGAGUCUGGAGAAAACGAAAACGUUUGUGCAGAUGUAUAGUGAGGGCGGAGCCAAGAGCUGCGAGUUCGUGGACGAUAUGCCGAAGGCAAGAUGGUCGAAAUUGCUGUGGAAUGGGACGUAUAAUUCGAUUUGUGCGCUGGUGGAAGUGCAUGUCGGGGACGUGCAGAGCAGUGGUGCGAAGGAGGGGCUGGUGUUGCCGAUUAUGCGGGAGUUGCAGGCGGUGGCGAAGGAAGAUGGAGUGCUGCUGGAGGAUGAGGUCGUGCAGUUUAUGGCGGAGAGGAGUCCGAGGAGCAGUCGGUGGCAGCCGAGUAUGUUGUUAGAUAAGGUGCAUGGGAGGCCGAUGGAGUUUGAGGUUAUUUUGGGGGCACCGAUACGUAGGGGAAGGGAGUUGGGGGUUCCGACUCCGGUGAUGAGUACGGUGUAUGAGUUGUUGAAGUUGGUGAGGUGGAAGGUGGAGAAUCCGGGGGAGGAUGGUGAGCCGCAUAUCGGGUAGGUGGGAGAAAAUGUUCAUGAUCUGUUUAUCGUUAGACUUGACAUAGCUUUGCAUUUUCUGUGCACUUACUUCUUAGAUUUAUACCUCCAUAGACCACAAAAUCGCAGAGUUACUAGCUUUCAUCCC